UAGCGCUCCUGUUUUUUUUUUUUAUGCCAAGACUGCGGAGAGCGUAAUAACGCUGCUCUAAAUCACUAGAAUUUGUGCGUCCAGUGAAGCGCUUGCGUUUGCGGAGCAUAUGAUUUUUAAUUGUUGUAAUAAUAUUACAUAUUUCAAAUCUAUUUUCUUUUUUUCUGUUAAAUAACGGUGAAAACAAUGUCUAAUAUUUGGAGUGAAACUGACUCGGAAUCGUGGACUGAUGAUGAAGUGCAAAUUUAUGAAAACGGAAGUGAUAUUAUUAUUCCUAAAAAAAGAUUACGGGCUAUUAGUGGGAGUAGCGAUGAUGAACUAAAUGGAGACUGCACCGAUCUGUUGAUGAAUUUUUUGGAUUUGAAUUCACGAUAUUCAAAUGAAAAUUAUUUUACGGAGGUUCCUGGUCCACAACAUCCGCCUGAUCCUGAUGCAAAACCAAUUGAAUAUUUCUCCAUAUUCAUUUCGAUUUCCCUAUUCUCUACAAUGGUUACUGAAACAAACCGGUACGCCAUCAGUUUUUGAAUUCCAACAAAACUUUGAAGCGUAACUUAUGUGCAAAAAGGUGGA